AUGUCGAAUCAACCGAAUCCAACAAAUCAAACAAAUCAAACAACAAGAAAUUCUCUUCCACUUUCUGGAAUUACAGUAUUCGAUUUGUCUCGACUCUAUCCAGGUCCAUUAUGUGCUCAAUUAUUGCAAGAUUUAGGAGCACUAGUGAUUAAAAUUGAAGAUCAAAGUGGAGGAGACCCGACGAGAUAUUUCCCUCCAUUGAUGAAAGAAGAGGAGGAUUCUGAAAAGAAUAGUAGUUAUCUCUUUCAUUGUUUUAAUAGAAACAAAAAAUCAAUUGCUUUGGAUUUUAAACGAAAAGAUAUUUCACAAAUGUUAAAAAAGAUUUUAUUUCAAAAGGAAUUGUUUGGUCAUGAAACACCGAGUGGUGUGAGAGUUUUAAUUGAUAGUGCUCGACCUGGAAAAUUAGAACAAUUGCUUGGAAUUAAACAUGUGAGUGAAUUAUGGGAGGAAUUUCCAGCGCUUGUCAUUUGUCGAAUUUCUGCAUUUGGACAAGAUGUGAAAAAAUAUGGAGAUAUUCCAGCUCAUGAUAUGAAUACUGUUGGAGCAGCUGGAAUUUUCAACAUUUCUGGAGACGUUUCUGAAAAGAAUUCCGGAUUGAAACCUCUUCCUAUCCAACUCUCAGAUGUCAUGACUGGUUACAGCUCUGCCUUACAAGUAACUUCUCUCAUUCGAAAAUUAGAAUCCAUUCUUCAAAAUCCAAUUUUCACACAACAAGAAAAAAUCGAAUUAUUGAAACAAGUGAAUCGACAAAUUGAUGUCUCCAUGUUUGACAACGCCAUUGCCACGAUUCAAAUGUCUCUCACGCUACAACUCAACGGAUAUGAAGAAAUGGCAUCCAAUGGAAGACACGUCCUAGCUGGUUCCAUAUUAGGAUAUAAUAUUUAUCCAACUAGGGAAGGAUUAUUAUCGGUUGGAUGUUUGGAACCACAUUUUUGGAAAGCAUUUCUCACAGUAUUAUCUCGAUAUGAAACCAUUCAUUCGUGUCCACAACAAGAACAAUUCAAAGAUUCUGAACGACCAUCCAACAACACCAUUCCACAACAAAUUCAUUCCCAAUCAUCCACUCGAAUUCUUCCUCUGACCAAAUAUACUUCUCCUCAAUAUUUAUUUUCCAAUGAUUCUGAAUUGAAAAGUCGUAUUACAAAAAUUCUGACAACAAAAACAGCAUGGGAAUGGGAAGAAAUUUUCACACAACACUGUGCAAGUUCUGAAAAGUUGCCAGUCACGAAAAUUCGAACAUUGCAAGAAAUUGAUCGAGAAUUAUUGCGGGAACGAAAUAUGAUUGCGAAUAUGGAUCAGAAGAAACAGCGUUGGAUUGUUAAAAAUGCAUUGGAUUAUUCGUCAUUGUUGAAAAACACAACUUUGGACCAUUCUUUGCAAGAUGAUCAUCAUCAACGAGGACCUCAAUUAGGAGAACAUAAUGCCAUGUUCCUCUUCUCCAAAUUGUAA